AUGGCCUCCAGAGACACGGUUGAAGGAAUCUUCUUCCUGUCCCAGACUGCACUGGGAAUUCUGGGGAACUCAGCUUUGCUUUGCUGUUUUAUCAUUGCUGACUUCUCUGGAAUCAGGGUGAAACCCACUGAUCUGAUUGUCAAACACCUGGUCUGGGCCAACUUCAUAGUUCUCUGCAGAGGAAUCCCACAGUCCAUUGCUGCUUUUGAUCAGACUUACUAUUUAGAUUAUGUUUCCUGUAAACUUGCCUUAUAUUUACAUAGAGUUGCCAGAGGAGUAUCUCUUAGCUCCACAUCCCUGCUGAGUUUCUUUCAGGCCAUCACCAUCAGCCCCAGUAAUUCCAGGUGGGCACAGUUCAAGCCCAGAGCCCCCAGGAUCAUUGGUCCAUUCCUGGGCCUAUGCUGGGCCCUCGCUUUGUUGUUAUAUAUUUUCAUUUUUGUGUAUACAACAGACAUAAGGGGUGGGAGAAAUGUUACUGGGAUACAAGAUUUUGGAAUUUGUACUGUUAUCAAUUCCGAGAAACUAAUCAGCAUUCUUAUUGUAAUCCUAAUAGCAACCAACGAUGUCAUUUUUUUGGGACUCAUGAUGUUGUCCAGUGGCUACAUGGUAUUCAUCCUGCUCAAACAUAAGCAGAGGGUGCAACACAUCCACAGAUCCCUGUCUCCUAGGUCAUCUCCUGAGACCAGAGCCACCCAAAGCAUCCUCACCCUAGUGUGCUGCUUUGUGAUCUUUUAUGCAACCUCUGUUGUCUUUACAUCUUAUAUGACUGUCCAUGAAGGAUCGAGGUGGCUGUUUAACACUGAUGCAGCCAUGGCUGCAUGCUUUCCAGCACUCUGCCCCUUUCUGCUCAUCAGACACUAUGCUUCCUUUUUCAGGCUCUGCUGCACUAGUUCUUAACAGACAACACACUGUGCUUGUGUAUUCAGAGAACUCUAAAAACUGUGCUGUCUGCAUCCCCCUAUCCAUGUUUUCUACUCAGUUUCUAUUCUGUGAACACACUGUCAAUACCAAACUUUGCAGAAGACACUGAUUGUCUACAAAGUUUCUUCCCAAUGCAGUUUGUCUUGUAGUCUGGGACACAGGUAAACCAAGCUGUAUGAUAAAAGUGCUGAAACAAUCAGCACUCACUGUUUUAAUGGAGAAUAUCACAGUAGCAGAGAGAAUUAACCUGUGGGGUUUAUGUGGAGUGUAGUCCUUCAGGUGAGCUUCUCUGAGGAUGAGACUUUUUAAAUCAACAUUGUCACCUGCAGUACAAAAGUUAAACAUUGCAGAUUGCACCUGGACCAUCAAAUCAAGUGUUGGUGGCUGUCAGAAAGUAAGAACAAGUGAAGAGGAUGAAAAAAGUCAGAAUGGCUUAGGGAUGGUAAUGAAACCUGCCAGCAUUGGCUACUGAAGGGAAUGUAUAUUUAAUAGACAGCCUGUUUCUUCAAUCUAAUGUAUAACACCCAGCGCUGGAAAGUAUUUAGAAAUACAUUUUUAAAAGUCAGAUUUAGGUAAACUUUCAAAUAAAAUUGUUUAGAGUUGAAUUGUAGUAAUUGCAUGCACAAUAAUAAGUAAUGGAGACAUUUACAUAUUUAAGCAUUAGGUUGAUGGUUUAAAUUAAGAGAAAUGAGAGAUGGGAGACUACAAGUGGAUUAGCAGGUAGCACAGACUUUGCUGUCCCUGUUUUGAGGAGGGAGAAGUAGGAAGAUUGUGUAUUUGAGAUGAGCAUAGGUGCCAUUGUGAAACUCUGUAACAAAAUCCAAAAUUACAAGAAAAGACAAAGUUGCAACACUGGAAAGUUCUGGAGUAUGAUCAGAGGUACAUCUAUAUAAUUUAAAGAGAACAUUUAAGCAAACUAUGGUGCUAUAAUGUCUCUCUGAGGAACAUAAGCAAAAGGGAGGGUCAAAUUGGAACAGGGACAGAGCGGGAGGGCAGGG